AUGAGCACCGAUGCAGAAAUGGCCCAAUACGGGCCAGCUGCAAUCUACCUCCGCAAGCCCGAGAAGGAGCGCGUUGAAGCUCAGAACCGGCCGUUUGAUGCCAAGACAGCCUGUUUCGUUCCCGAUGCCAAAGAGCUGUACAUUAAAGGUGUCAUUCAAAAUAGAGAAGGAGGCAAGUCUACAGUCCAGACUGAGGCUGGGGAGACUGUGACGGUGAAGGAUGAGGAAUGUCACCCGAUGAAUCCACCCAAGUAUGAUAAAAUUGAGGACAUGGCCAUGAUGACCCACCUCAACGAGCCCUCUGUGCUGUUUAACCUCAAAGAUCGUUACGCGGCAUGGAUGAUUUAUACCUACUCCGGGCUCUUCUGUGUUACGGUGAAUCCGUACAAGUGGCUGCCGGUGUAUAACUCGGAGGUGGUGGUGGCUUACAGGGGCAAGAAGCGCAUGGAGGCGCCCCCUCACAUCUUCUCCGUGUCUGACAAUGCUUAUCAGAAUAUGCUCACAGACCGUGAGAAUCAGUCUGUCCUGAUUACCGGAGAAUCCGGCGCAGGAAAGACUGUGAACACCAAACGCGUCAUUCAGUACUUUGCGACAAUCGCAGUGUCUGCAGACAAGAAGAAAGAGGCAGCGCAAGGAAAAAUGCAGGGGACGCUGGAAGAUCAAAUCAUUUCUGCCAACCCUCUGCUUGAAGCUUUCGGGAAUGCCAAAACUGUGAGGAACGACAACUCCUCACGCUUUGGGAAAUUCAUACGAAUCCACUUUGGAACGACUGGAAAACUCGCCUCCGCUGAUAUCGAAACAUAUUUGCUGGAGAAGUCCAGGGUGACGUUUCAGCUGGCGGAUGAGAGGAGCUACCAUAUCUUCUAUCAGGUCACCACGGGCCACAAGCCAGAGCUGAUAGACAUGCUCCUCGUCACAACCAAUCCCUACGAUUUCCCCAUGAUCAGCCAAGGCCAGAUCUCAGUGACCAGCAUUAAUGAUAAGGAGGAGUUGGAGGCCACAGAUUCAGCUAUUGAUAUCCUGGGCUUCACCAUUGAUGAGAAAGGCAGCAUCUAUAAGAUGACAGGUGCAGUGAUGCAUUAUGGGAACAUGAAGUUUAAACAGAAGCAGCGUGAAGAACAAGCUGAACCCGACGGCACUGAAGUGGCAGAUAAAGUCGCUUAUCUGAUGGGAUUGAACUCUGCCGACUUGUUGAAAGCUCUUUGUUAUCCCAGAGUGAAAGUUGGGAAUGAGUACGUCACUAAAGGCCAGACCGUUCAACAAGUCACGAAUUCUGUCUUGGCCUUAGCAAAGUCCGUCUACGAGAAGAUGUUCUUGUGGAUGGUCGUCCGAAUCAACCAGAUGCUGGACACCAAGCAGCCUCGCGCUUUCUUCAUUGGAGUACUUGACAUUGCAGGAUUUGAAAUCUUUGAUUUCAAUAGCCUGGAGCAGCUGUGCAUCAACUUCACCAAUGAAAAACUGCAACAGUUCUUCAACCACCACAUGUUUGUGCUCGAACAAGAAGAGUACAAGAAGGAGGGAAUAGACUGGGAGUUCAUAGACUUCGGAAUGGAUCUGGCCGCCUGUAUUGAGCUUAUUGAGAAGCCAAUGGGAAUCUUUUCCAUUCUUGAAGAGGAGUGCAUGUUCCCAAAGGCAACUGACACCUCCUUCAAGAACAAGCUGCAUGACCAGCAUCUGGGCAAAAACAAUGCUUUCCAAAAGCCCAAGCCAAUCAAAGGCAAGGCUGAAGCUCACUUCUCUUUAGUGCACUAUGCGGGCACCGUCGACUACAACAUCUCUGGCUGGCUAGACAAAAACAAGGACCCAUUAAACGAGUCUGUUGUUCAGUUGUACCAGAAGUCAUCAGUCAAGCUGUUGGCUAACUUGUACGCCUCCUUUUCCUCUGCUGAAGCAGAGGCCAAUAGCGGAGGCAAAAAAGCAGCCAAGAAGAAAGGAGGCUCUUUCCAGACGGUCUCAGCUGUUUUCAGAGAAAACCUAGGCAAGCUAAUGACCAAUUUGCGAAGCACACGUCCUCACUUUGUACGCUGCCUUAUCCCCAAUGAGGUGAAAACACCAGGGAUAAUGCACAAUCAUCUGGUUAUUCACCAGUUACGCUGUAAUGGCGUACUGGAAGGCAUCAGGAUUUGUAGGAAAGGUUUUCCAAGUAGGAUCCUUUAUGCUGACUUCAAGCAAAGGUACAGAAUCCUUAAUGCCAGUGCAAUCCCAGAAGGACAGUUUAUUGAUGGAAAGAAGGCUUCUGAAAAGCUCUUGGGAUCAAUUGAUAUUGAUCACACACAGUAUAAGUUUGGCCACACAAAGGUGUUUUUCAAAGCGGGCCUAUUGGGAACAUUAGAGGAAAUGCGAGAUGAAAAAUUGGCAUCAUUGGUAUCCAGUAUUCAGUCCUUAUGCCGAGGAUAUCUCAUGAGGAAAGAGUUUGAGAAGAUGUAUGCUCAAAAAGAUGCAGUUUACACUUUACAAUACAAUCUCCGAUCAUUUAUGAAUGUAAAACACUGGCCAUGGAUGAAGCUGUUUUUUAAGAUAAAGCCUCUCUUGAAGAGUGCUGAAACAGAGAAAGAGAUGGCCACCAUGAAGGAGGACUUUCUCAAGUGCAAAGAUGAGCUUGCUAAAGCUGAGGCCAAACGCAAAGAGCUGGAAGAGAAAAUGGUCUCUUUGAUACAGGAGAAGAAUGAUCUGCUCUUACAAGUCCAAGCUGACAGUGAGAAUCUCAUAGAUGCGGAAGAGAGGUGUGAAGGGCUGAUAAAAAGCAAACUGCAGCUAGAGUCCAAGCUGAAAGAGCUGACAGAAAGACUGGAUGAUGAAGAAGAAAUCAAUUCAGAGCUGACGGCAAAGAAAAGGAAACUAGAGGAUGAAUGUUCUGAGCUAAAGAAAGACAUUGAUGAUCUGGAGCUCACCUUGGCGAAAGUGGAAAAAGAAAAGCAUGCGACUGAGAAUAAGGUUAAAAACCUUACAGAGGAAAUAUCUAGCCAAGAUGUAAAUCUUGCAAAGCUGACAAAGGAAAAGAAAGCCCUCCAAGAAGCACAUCAACAAGUUAUUGAUGAUCUCCAGGCUGAGGAGGACAAAGUCAAUACUUUGACCAAAACCAAAACCAAGCUUGAGCAACAAGUUGAUGAUCUUGAAGGUUCCCUUGAGCAAGAGAAGAAGGCACGAAUGGACCAUGAGAGGGCCAAGAGGAAGUUGGAAGGGGACAUGAAAAUAUCCCAAGAGUCCAUCAUGGACCUGGAAAAUGACAAGCAACAAAUGGAAGAGAAACUCAAAAAAAAAGACUUUGAGAUCAGUCACUUGUUAAGCAAAAUAGAGGAUGAGCAAUCAAUGGGUUCCCAGCUUCAUAAGAAGAUAAAAGAGCUCCAUGCUCGCACUGAAGAAUUAGAAGAGGAGAUCGAGGCUGAGCGUGCAACUCGGGCCAAGGUGGAUAAGCAGAGAGCUGAUCUCUCCAGGGAACUUGAGGAGAUUAGUGAGAAGCUGGAAGAAGCAGGUGGCGCUACUGCAGCCCAAGUUGAGACGAACAAGAAACGAGAGAUUGAGUUUCAGAAGCUGCGGCGUGAUCUCGAAGAGGCCAAUCUACAACACGAGGCUACCGCAGCCACCCUGCGAAAGAAACAUGCGGACAGCAUGGCAGAGCUCGGAGAACAACUUGACAAUCUCCAGCGAAUCAAGCAGAAACUGGAGAAGGAGAAGAGCGAAUGCAAGAUGGAGAUUGACGAUUUAGCAGGCAACUUGAUGGUCAUAGCAAAAGCCAAGGUUAACCUGGAGAAGAUGUGCCAUAAUCUUGAAGACCAACUGUCUGAAGUGAAUAGCAAAAACGAGGAGAACUUGCGACAAAUAAAUGACCUCAGCUCCCAGAAAGCCCGUCUUCAAAGUGAAAAUGGAGAGUAUUCCAGACAAACUGAGGAGAAGGAUAGUCUGAUCUCACAGUUGGUACGGGCCAAACAGGGCUUCACUCAGCAAAUCGAUGAACUGAAGAGGCAGCUUGAGGAGGAGUCAAAGGCUAAGAAUGCUCUAGCCCAUGGCUUACAAUCUGCACGUCAUGACUGUGAUCUCCUGAGGGAGCAGUUUGAAGAAGAACAGGAAGCCAAGGCUGAGCUUCAGCGAGGGUUGUCUAAAGCUAGCAGCGAAUUAACUCAGUGGAGAACCAAAUAUGAGUCUGAUGCUAUUCACCGCACUGAGGAACUUGAGGAGGCCAAAAAAAAGCUUGCUCAGCGCCUCCAAGAAGCGGAGGAUCAAAUAGAAGCAGCAAAUGCAAAGUGUGCGUCACUGGAGAAAACCAAGCAGAGACUACAGAGUGAGGUGGAGGACCUCAUGAUAGAUUUGGAAAGGGCAAAUAACUCAGCAGUGAAUUUAGACAAGAAGCAGAGGAAUUUUGAUAAGAUUUUGGUUGAAUGGAAACAAAAAUAUGAAGAGUCACAGACAGAGCUGGAAGGUGCUCAGAAAGAGUCUCGAUCAUUGAGCACUGAGCUUUUUAAAUUAAAGAACUCUUAUGUGGAGACCUUGGACCAUCUGGAAACUCUUAAACGAGAAAACAAGAAUUUGCAGCAGGAAAUCUCAGAUCUCACUGAACAGAUAGGUGAGACUGGAAAAAGCAUCCAGGAACUGGAGAAGGCCAGGAAGCAAAUAGAGACAGAGAAAUCAGAGAUACAAUGUGCACUAGAGGAGGCAGAGGCAUCCCUGAACCAUGAGGAAUCUAAGAUCCUCCGUGUACAACUAGAGUUCAACCAGCUUAAGGCUGACUUAGAAAGAAAGCUGGCGGAAAAGGAUGAAGAGAUUGAACAGCUGAAGAGAAACUCCCAGAGAGUCACAGACUCCAUUCAAAGCACUCUGGAUGCUGAGGUAAGAAGCAGGAAUGAUGCCCUGAGAGUCAAGAAGAAGAUGGAGGGGGAUCUCAAUGAGAUGGAGAUACAGUUGAGCCAUGCCAAUCGCCUGGCUUCAGAAGCCCAGAGACAGCUUCGAAACCUUCAAGGACAACUCAAGGAUGUUCAGAUUCACUUUGACGACUCUCUCAGAGAACAGGAGGACAUGAAGGAACAGCUAGCAAUGUCUGAACGUAGGAGCUUACUGAUGCAGGCUGAGAUUGAAGAACUGAGAGUAUCUGUGGAACAAACUGAGAGGAGCCGGAAAAUAGCUGAGCAGGAGCUGACAGAUGCCAGUGAACGAGUGGGACUCCUGCACGCCCAGAAUACUAGCCUUCUGCACACCAAGAAAAAGCUUGAAGCUGAUAUUUCCCAGCUCCAGAGUGAAGUGGAGGAAUCUGCUCAGGAGUCAAGGAAUGCAGAGGAAAGGGCUAAGAAAGCCAUAACUGAUGCUGCAAUGAUGUCUGAGGAGCUCAAAAAAGAGCAAGACACCAGUGCACACCUGGAGCGAAUGAGGAAGAGCCUGGAGGCCACAAUCAAAGACCUGCAGAAUCGUUUGGAUGAAGCAGAAAACUUAGCCCUGAAGGGUGGGAAGAAACAACUCCAGAAACUGGAAUCCAGGGUCCGCGAACUGGAGAAUGAGCUGGAUGCUGAACAAAAGCGUGGAGCUGAUGCUAUCAAAGGCACUCGGAAAUAUGAAAGAAAAAUGAAGGAGCUUACCUACCAGUCUGAGGAGGACAAGAAGACAGUUAACAAACUUCAGGAUCUGGUAAACAAACUUCAAAUAAAAGUCAAGGCCUACAAGAGACAAGCAGAGGAGGCUGAAGAACAAGCCAAUGUGCAUCUAUCGCGGUGGAGGAAGACCCAGCAUGAGCUUGAACAGGCCGAGGAGAGAGCAGACAUAGCUGAGUCUCAGGUCAACAAGAUGAGAGCAAGGAACCGGGAUCUGGGAGCAAAGGGGCAAGAAAACCGAAUGGAGUAGAAGAUUCAUAGUCCAUGUGUCUUCACACAGUAAUGAAAGCAGCAUGUCUGGAACAGUUGUAGGUCACUAGUAACCAUUUUUCUUAGAAUAUUCAUUAAGCUAAACUGUUUAAUGCUAACAUUUCUGGAAGUGAAA